AGCGGCCCGCGCACAUUCGCAUCUGCUGGGAAACCUUAAAAAGCCCCAGUGUCCCCUUGCGGCGAUCCGCUGCUGCUGCUCUUCCUGCUGCUGCUUGUUUUAAACAUUGGCGCUUUUAAUUGUUCACUGUGUUUUUGUUGUUUUUAACGUAUUCGCUGUUUUAUCCGCUUUUAUUCUCACUUGAAAUGCCUGCGAAGACCUCGCUGUCUCUGCCGGAGGAUGUGAAGGAACGGUUGCAGGUGCUGGACAAGGGUGGAGAGAAUUUGUCAGAUGAGGAAUGUGUAAAGGAGAAGCUCAGGUUACUGCAGGACUUCCUGCGGGAUGAAACUCAGGACCAGCUCAAAAAUCUUGAAGCCAAGCUGAAGAGCUCUGAACUUUCCACUGAGGUGUACACAUCAGAGGUAAAAGCUGUGCUGAAGAAAGCUCUUGCGUUGGGCAAGGAUGUUCAGAGCGAUGGCGUGGAGCAGAAUGGCCAUUCAAAUGGCAUCUCUGAAAACGGAUCUCAUAAGGGUAAUGGAGAGAAGGAAGGUGAUAUGGAUGCAGAGGAGGAGGGAGAUGCUAUCAAGUCUCCCAGCACUACAAAGGGCAAGGGUGGCCGACGCAGUAAAGCAGACUCUGAGCCCAAAAAAUCUCCUGGCAGUUCUAGAGUCACACGGAACUCUGGGAAACAACCCACUAUCCUGUCCAUGUUCUCCAGAGUACCCAAGCGCAAGUCUGAUGAGGUAAAUGGAGAAACGGCAAUGGAGACUAAAACUGAAGAGGCUGAUGUUGAGGAGGUCCGUGAAGAAAAACGUCUUAAAACAGAAUCUGAUGAGAAGCCUGACAUUGAAACCGCCAAUGCUGAGAAAACCAAGCCUGUGAGCACAGCUAAGACGCCUCCACCCAAGUGUCCUGACUGCAGACAGUAUCUGGAUGACUCUGACCUGAAAUUUUUCCAGGGAGAUCCUGAUGAUGCGCUUGAUGAACCAGAGAUGUUGACUGAUGAGCGUCUUUCCUUGUUUGACUCAAACGAAGAUGGGUUUGAAAGCUAUGAUGACCUUCCUCAGCACAAGAUUACAAACUUCAGUGUGUAUGACAAGCGUGGCCACUUGUGUCCUUUUGACUCUGGACUCAUCGAAAAGAAUGUAGAAUUGUACUUCAGCUGUGCUGUUAAACCCAUUUAUGAUGAUAAUCCUUGCAUGGAUGGUGGUGUCCCUGCCAAAAAACUGGGACCAAUCAAUGCCUGGUGGAUCACAGGUUUUGAUGGGGGAGAGAAAGCUCUGAUUGGCUUCACCACCGCCUUUGCUGACUACAUCCUCAUGGAGCCGAGUGAGGAAUACUCUCCAAUCUUUGCCCUGAUGCAGGAGAAGAUCUACAUGAGCAAGAUUGUGGUGGAGUUUCUUCAGAAGAAUCCUGAUGUCACAUAUGAAGACUUGCUUAACAAAAUUGAGACCACAGUGCCCCCUGCCGGACUGAACUUCAACCGCUUCACUGAGGACACGCUGCUGCGCCAUGCUCAGUUUGUGGUGGAGCAGGUGGAGAGCUAUGAUGAGGCUGGGGACUCAGAUGAGCAGCCCAUCAUUGUUACCCCCUGCAUGAGAGACCUGAUCAAACUUGCUGGAGUCACCCUGGGCAAGAGGAGAGCAGCAAGAAGACAGGCCAUUCGCCAUCCUACAAAGAUCGAGAAGGAUCUCAAGGGACCCACCAAAGCUACAACUACUAAGCUGGUUUACCAGAUCUUCGACACCUUCUUCUCCGAUCAGAUUGAUCAGAAUAAUAAAGAUGGAGGAAUCAAGAGGCAGCGCUGUGGAGUCUGUGAGGUAUGCCAAGCAUCUGACUGUGGCAAGUGUUCAGCCUGUAAAGACAUGAUCAAAUUUGGAGGCAGUGGUCGCAGCAAGCAGGCCUGUCAGAAGAGAAGAUGUCCCAACAUGGCUGUGAAAGAAGCAGAGGAGGAUGAGAAUAUAGAUGAAGAAGACAUUUUGCCACUUUUCAAAGAUACAAAGAAAAUGUCUCAAGCCAAGAAGAAGCAGACCAAAAACAAAAUUGCAUGGGUGGGAGAGCCUGUGAAGACUGAAGGAAAGCGGGAUUAUUACAUGAAGGUUCGUGUGGAGAACGAGGUGUUGGAAGUUGGAGACUAUGUGUCGGUCAGCCCAGCAGAUCCUUCUAAUCCACUCUACCUAGCCAGGAUCACAGCUUUGUGGGAGGACGAUGAGAUGAUGUUUCACGCUCAUUGGUUUUGCCGUGGCACGGACACAGUUCUGGGCGAGUCCUCAGACCCUCUGGAGCUCUUCCUUGUGGAUGAGUGUGAGGACAUGCAGCUGAGCUUUGUGCAUGAAAAAGUAAACGUACUUUACAAGACACCUUCAGACAACUGGUUUAUGGAGGGUGGUCUGAUCGAUGACAUUAAAGUUAUUGACGACGAUGGGAAAAGCUUCUUUUAUCAGCUGUGGUACGAAGCUGAUUUUGCUCGGUUUGAGACUCCGCCUGAAGUCGUUCCUGAUGAAGAUUGCAAGUACAAGUUCUGUGCCAGCUGUACCAGGAACAAGGAGAAAGAGGAGCAGGCAACACCUCAUGUUUUUGAGCCUCUGGAAGAUGAGGAGACUGACUCCAAAGUCUUCUAUUCUCUGGCCUGCCUGAAGAAUGAGCAGUACAAAGUGGGGGAUAGUGUUUAUCUCCCAUCUGAGGCUUUUAACUUUGGUGUGAAAGCUGCAAGUCCAAUGAAGCGUCCUCACCGGAAGGAGGACGUGGAUGAGGACUUGUACCCAGAAUACUACAGGAAGUCUUCCGACUACAUAAAGGGAUCCAACUUGGAUGCACCAGAGCCCUUCCGUGUUGGACGUAUUAAAGAGAUUUUCUGCAACAAGCGCAGCAAUGGCAAAUCGGACACAUCAGAGAUCAAACUGCGCAUCUACAAAUUCUACAGGCCAGAGAACACUCACAAGGGGCCAAAAGCAGGCUACCACACUGAUAUAAACCAACUGUACUGGAGUGACGAGGAGGCGACUGUAAACAUGGCAGAUGUGCUAGGCCGGUGUCGUGUAGAGUAUGGGGAGGACCUGGUGGAGAGUGUGCAGGAGUAUUCCACCGGUGGACCUGAUCGGUUCUACUUCCUAGAGGCAUAUAAUUCCAAAUCCAAGAGCUUUGAAGACCCACCAAACCAUGCACGUUCAGUUGUGCAUAAGGGCAAAGGAAAAGGCAAGGGAAAAGGUAAAGGAAAAGGGAAGGCUUCCUCUCAGGAUGUACCGGAGCAGGAGGCUCAGGAGCUUAAGGUCCCAAAGCUGCGCACACUUGAUGUGUUCUCAGGCUGUGGUGGGCUGUCUGAAGGUUUCCACCAAGCAGGCAUCUCUGAGACCAAUUGGGCUAUUGAGAUGUGGGAUCCUGCUGCACAGGCCUUCAGGCUGAACAACCCCGGCACCACCGUGUUCACAGAGGACUGCAAUGUGCUCCUGAAGCUGGUCAUGUCUGGUGAGAAGACCAACUCUCUUGGCCAGAAACUCCCACAGAAGGGUGAUGUAGAAAUGCUGUGUGGAGGGCCACCUUGCCAAGGCUUCAGUGGAAUGAACCGAUUCAACUCUCGCACUUACUCCAAGUUUAAGAACUCCCUGGUUGUCUCUUAUCUGAGUUACUGUGAUUACUACCGGCCCAAGUUCUUCCUGCUGGAAAACGUCCGGAACUUUGUGUCUUUUAAACGCUCCAUGGUCUUAAAGCUUACUCUACGGUGCCUAGUGCGCAUGGGUUACCAGUGCACGUUUGGUGUACUUCAGGCUGGACAGUAUGGUGUUGCUCAAACACGACGCAGGGCGAUUAUCCUGGCUGCUGCUCCUGGUGAGAAGCUUCCUCGCUACCCUGAACCCCUGCACGUGUUUGCUCCACGAGCGUGCUCCCUCAACGUUGCAGUGGACGAAAAGAAAUACGUCACCAACGUCACACGAGGGAACGGUGGUGUCUAUCGCACCAUUACUGUACGGGACACUAUGUCUGACCUUCCUGAGAUUCGUAACGGAGCUGCUGCUUUAGAGAUCUCCUACAAUGGGGAGCCACAGUCUUGGUUCCAGAGGCAUAUCCGAGGCGCACAAUACCAGCCAAUCCUCAGGGACCAUAUCUGCAAGGACAUGAGUGCCUUGGUGGCAGCCCGUAUGCGACACAUUCCUCUGGCCCCGGGUUCUGAUUGGAGGGAUCUGCCCAACAUUGAGGUACGACUGCGGGACGGGACCACCACGAAGAAGCUCCGCUACACCCAUGCUGAUAAAAAGAACGGCCGCAGUGGAACUGGAGCAUUAAGAGGAGUGUGUGCCUGUGCUGGAGGAAAACCCUGUGACUCUGCAGACAGGCAGUUUAACACCCUGAUCCCCUGGUGUCUGCCCCACACGGGGAAUCGCCACAACCACUGGGCUGGACUUUAUGGCAGGUUGGAGUGGGACGGUUUCUUCAGCACCACUGUAACCAACCCUGAGCCCAUGGGCAAGCAGGGACGUGUGUUGCACCCGGAGCAGCACCGUGUGGUGAGCGUCAGGGAAUGUGCUCGCUCUCAAGGCUUCCCAGAUACAUACCGCUUCUUCGGCAACGUCCUGGACAAACACAGACAGGUUGGAAAUGCAGUGCCUCCACCCCUCAGUAAAGCCAUUGGACUUGAAAUCAAGAAAUGCGUCCUGGAGAAGAUGAAGGAUAAUGCAACAGAACCUGUGAAACAGGAGAAGAUGGAGAUGUCCGACUAGAGCUCUUCUCCUACAGCAUAAUUAAUUCUACACAGCUCUUUUCAUCCAUUCCAUUAACUAAGCUGGUGUUGAGCCCAGCCGCCACUCGAGUGGCGUCUCCAUGGACAGUGCAGUGCAGUGCCAUUUUCAAGUGAUGUUUUAUCAAUUUCUAAAUGUGAUUUUUAUGUGUAUUUGCAAUCUCCACUCUGAGGCAGUGGAAUAAAUUCUAUGUAGUUUUUAUAUGUUGUAAUAUUUCAAAUAAAGCUCUUAUCCGUGUCA